AUGUCAUCUACUCCAUCCCUCGCCGACUUCGUCUCCGCCCUCGACAAGCUCGAAGUGCGUGGAAAGAACUGGGUCUCCUUCAAGCGCCGAUUCACCAUCGCUGUGCGCCAGAAGGAGGUCUGGGACCACUUCGAUGGCUCAGCCACGCGCCCGUCUCCUGCCGUCGCUGAUGCACCGACCGCCGACGAGGAGAAGGAGCUCAAGGCCUGGACGAAAGCCGAGAACACCGCCCUCUACCUGCUCUCGCUGAAGACUCCCGAAGCGAUCUUCUCGAAGUACGAGGAUCGCGAGACGGUCGCACUCAUGUGGGCCGCUAUCAGCGACGAGUUCACGAAGAAGUCGCUCCUCUAUCGCACGACCCUC